AGUUCAGAAGCUCCUGUUCGGGUCAAUGGUAGUUCAGAAGACGCUGUUCGGGUCGAUGGUAGUUCAGAAGAAGCCUUUCAGUUAAAUGACAUUUCAGAAGAUGUUGUUCUGGUCAAUGUCAAUGGUAGUUCAGAAGACGCUGUUCAAGUCAAUGGUAGUUCAGAAGAAGCCUUUCAGUUAAAUGACAGUUCAGAAGAUGUUGUUCUGGUUAAUGGUAGUUCAGAAGACGCUGUUCAAGUCAAUGACAGUUCAGAACAAACUGGAGGUAGUUCAAAGAUCAGUAGAGGUUGCUGA